ACAUCAUAUCCACUACUGUACAUAUAUCCAGCACACAAAGGAGAUUGACCUGUUGCCAUUUUCAGUCGAUUUGUAUAUCAUCCUCCUUGACAGACAUCUGGCUUACAGAGCAGACCUUCACCGGCUGUCACACUGUAUGAGUGCAUGGUAUCAUCGCCGCUAUGGUCGAAUUCGAUGUCAUACCCUACAAGGACAUUGUCUGGGGUCGCAAGCUAGGAUCAGGGAGCUUCGGAUCAGUGUAUAAAGGGACAUAUCUUGGGAUCGAUAUUGCCAUCAAGGAGAUCACUGCAUCGACCGAAUAUGAUGUCCACAAGUACUUUGAGCGUGAAUGGAGAAUCAUGAGGGAAUGUCGGCAUCCCAACAUUGUCUUAUUCCUCGGUCUUUCGCAGGAGACGCCUGGCGAUGGAAAGGUCUAUAUCGUAUCCGAGUUUGUACCCAGUGGCAAUCUUAGGCAAUACAUUCUCUCCGCUCGGCCUUUCCCUUGGCGGCUCAGACUGUCAUUCUCGACAGACGUGGCGAGAGCCGUAGCAUAUCUUCACGCCAGGCAAUGUAUACAUCGGGACCUCAAAGGGGAAAAUCUGCUCCUCACAUCCAACGAAAGGGUCAAGGUUACAGACUUUGGCUUCGCGAGGAUAGCCUCGAGGAGCGCCGAGGAAAUGAAGAGGAUGACCUAUUGUGGAACGGAUGGAUACAUGAGUCCAGAAAUCAUCAAUGGGCUUGACUUUGACCUGCCGACAGACGUCUUCUCCCUCGGUAUCAUCUUCAUGGAGAUCAUGUCUCGUAGACUGGUCGACUCACAUACCUUUAUUCGAGCAGCUCCUGCUUUCGUCCCCGAUCCUGAGGAAGUCCGACGUCGAGCUUCACCAGGUUGUCCCAAAGCUUUCGUUCAGCUAGCUCUAGACUGUUGUGAAGAAUUGCCUUCUAAGCGACCCAAAAUGCCCGAGAUCCUCGGUCGUCUACGGGACAUCGAGCUGGAGGUUGUCAGCAGAACAGACGAUCCAUCAUCGGCAGAGCAUGUAGGAUCCGUCAAACUCCUUCGACACACUGGGCCAAGGGCGAUGCCGAUCUUUCAGCCUCUCACGCCUGUUGCACCAGCUGUAGAGACUGGCGCGGGGCACAAGCGUGAAGUCGACAUCGAGUCAGAUCACGCCGAUGAGGAUGAAGACGAAGGCAAGAUGGAGCAGGAGGCUCUGGCGACCUUGGCUGGGCUGGAUAUCGAUGGAGGUGGCGCCACGCCUGCUUCGAGCAUAUACGGCACAUUCCGAACAGCUCGAUGGGAGGAGACUCCGUCGAUCCUAGGAAUGAUUCCAGGUCAUGACGGGGACAGCGAUGAGCGAGAGGUUCAACUCGCUUCAGCUAUGCAAUCCGAUAUUCAGGCUCCUGUCAAAGACGAUCAGGUGCAGGAAGGAGCCGAGUCGAAGAUGCUCGGGUCCGGUUUGGAGUCCGUAAUGACUAUCCGAGGUCAGCCGGCGCUUGUCAACAUUCCGACCAAGGCUACAGUCAAUGAGGAGGAGAAAGAUCACGCUGCACUCCAGGCGAUGAUAGCCCAGAGCGAGAUCGGCACGAUACCUAGUCUGGCCUCAGAGAUGGGCAAGCUACUUACAAAGCAACAGAAAGGUGAACAGGAAGACAAGGAGGAUCUUGAGAGAGUUCGCAAAUCGGCUGUAGGAACACAUCGAUUUACCUUGGUUGAUAAGGAUGCUGCUCCCUUGUGGAACGGCAAAAAGAUAUCCUCCUGUGAGCACUUUACAUCUUGGACCAGAACCACCAAGACUAAAGCCAGUCAGUCUCGGCAUUUGGGUUCUUGCAAAAAGGUCUGAAUGCCUCUGCAAAAUGUCCCGUGUGUCAGAAACGGCUAGGCCAGCGACCGGCUCUGCGAUGUGAUGACUGUGAGGGUGAGUGGCCAGCUGGUCUGACGGUCAUGAGCUGCCUCUGACAGAACUCUAGUCCUAGUCCAUGUGAAGUGCUCUCAUGCCGCUCAGCGUGAUUGCAAUGGUGGUACGGGAACUGAUGUCGAAGCAAAAUGACGAUCAUGUUCCGAGUAAUGACGAACCCUUUUAAUUCUUGUAUCAUCAU